UGUGUAGCCGUUCACUCCGAAGACGACAGCAUGAGCGGAACAAUCGUCGGUAUUACACAACGUGCAUCGCAAAAUCAACAUAAAAAUGGACCGACUGACCACCCCGUUUAUAGAGAAUGGGCCCCUCUUUCUCACGUAAUUGAAAAGAUUCCUCCGAGGUUUCACCAAGGAUUUGUGUCUAAAGAACUUAUUCUGACCUGUGUCACCAUAAGUUGUGAUUCAAUAGUAUUGGGUUCGAAUGCUGGAGUUCUGUUUUGGUUCGGUCGCAGCAAUCAUAGUGUGAGCAGAAGAAGUGUUGAUGACAAAUUCAUACCUAUUACAGCCUUAGCUAUUACCCUUUGUCAAUAUGGAGAAAUCCUGGCGGCUGGCAAUCUUGCAGGAACAGUUGCCAUAUUUUCCACAAAUGCUGUGCAGUCAAGCCCUAUAACAAUGUUUAGUGGUGAACAUAAGUCUUCUGUUACUACGCUCUGUUGGGAUGGAAGUGGAAUUCAGCUAUUAUCUGGUGAUGAAGAAGGGAGAGUUUUUCUUAGCAAAUUUGAGCACAACAUCAUUUGUCCAAUCAAACAAGUUCUGCUUGAACCAUCAGCUAUUGUCCAACUCCGAUUUCACCCACUAGAAAACAACAUUGUACUAGUUUCUUCUAUGAAAAGAACGUUGGUUGCAGAGAUUGUUGCCCACGACACGAAACAAAAUCAAGUGGGUCUACAAGAUCGUAAAAAUCCAGCGCCAUUUGGAGCUGAUUUUGGCUAUUUUGGAAAUGAAACGGUUAUCUACAGCGCCCGCCCAGGAACUCGCCUUUGGCUCUCCGAUUGUCAAGGGUCCGUCCGCCAGACUUUGAUAUUCAAGGAAUCCCUUUCAAAGCCACGUUCCAAACUAAUUUUAUUAUCCAUUCACGAAGAAUAUCGCAACGUAGAAGACCCCCACUUCGGACCCGUUUAUUGCCUAAGCAAUGGCUUUGUUUUAACUCACAGCCCCACUAGCCUUUUCAUUUUAGAUACCGGUCGAAUGGGGGACGAAUCGGGACAAGUGUCCGUCCUUUGUUCUAGUCGUUUCAAUCCCAAAAGCCUCCGGCAUGCAGCUAUUUUCCACAACGAGAUAUUUCUUUUGCUAGAAAACCGCAUUUUGAUCCGCAUUUCCGACCGGCCCGACCGAUCCCCCACUCUUCCGUCUUCGUCUGCCACGCUCGACCGAUCCUUACUUUCUGGCUGGAGAGAUAAAUUACCGUUAACCAAACCGACCUUCCAGUCAACCAUUACGAAAUUAGCCAACAAAAUCUCCGAUGUCGAUAUCAAACCGUUGUCCGUUCCCGUAACAAACACAGCUCCAUACAUCAUAGAAUCGCUAUCCAACGCGUUAGCUCCACUUUUCAAUGACAUGAAAACGGUACCAAUCAGCAGAUGUCCACCACCUAAACCGAUCCAACCACAUUUCUUAAAUCGUACGCGAACUCCGAGUCCAACUUCAUCGGUAGAACGAUCCUCACCCAUGUCACAAACGGAAGGAAUGAAUCGUUCAGAAUCGAAUCAUUUUGAUUCUCCACUUUCAAACGGAUCGUCUGGCCAAGCCUCGCCGAUGGAAGGAUCUAUUUGUCCAGAGGAAGAACAAUUGGUCUAUGGGUCGUACAUCGGUCGGAAGCGAAAAUUGAAACUUAACCGCAAAUUUUAUGCUCAAGAUGAUGUGGUGCCUUUCGUAGAACCAUGUGAAACUACACCUGUGAACGGAGUGGAGACUUGGUUGGAGAAUGCAUCCUCUCCUCCUGCUGUCAAAGAUGAUUUUCUUGAAGAACUGAAGAGGAAAGAUCAACUUCUUGCUCAGCUGUUACAUUUGGAUCAGGUGAUUAACAGUCCAAACGAACCAACUCAAGUUGAUGAAGAACCAGUUGUGGAGACUGAACAAAUGGAUCAUCCUGCUGGUUCUGAAAUGGAAAACGCAGUCCCUGUUUCAGAGGAUACCUCCUCCAUUAAUGAAGAACUUGAGGACAAUUCAAAAGAUACAGUGUGUAGUAUUUACGCAAAUGAAGAUCCACACGACAAGAGCAACCCGCAUUCAAUAAUUACUACCACAGAAUCAACCCCCAGUCACCUGGCUGUUUCGAGUGGAGAUUAUGAAAAUAUUUCAGUAGAGGAAUUGUCAGAAUGGAUUAUUUGUCCAAUAGAUGCUAAGCAAAAGGUGACAAGUGUAUCGGCAAGUCAGCACUAUGUCGUCAUCAUCUACGGCCACAAAUACGUUUAUUAUCAGUCAACAGAGUCCUCCUUUCAGGCUAGGGAUUGGUUACCCAUUGAAACGCCCGCUAGCCAAAUUGCUGUUUCUAGUUGUGGCCAGCAGCUUUGGAGACUUUAUAAAGGAACCGCCUACCAAGGCCUGAUUGUCAAUCCACACUGUCCAGUUGCACAGCACUGGAACACAUUAGACAGCUACAUUUCAUCCAUUGGCAUAGUUCAGUUGGUUUCCCCGGACACCGUGGAUGAUUAUAUUUGGAUGCUACAUACUAAUGGAUCCGUUAGUUAUCGAUCCGUCAAGUCUCCAAAAAAAAUGGUUCUAGUUGACGUACCGGGAACCGUUUCGCAGCUUCGUUGUCACAGCGACCUUGUUUUCGUCCUCUUGACCAACGGAGCUCUAUACUGUCGAUCAAGGAUUAACAAUAAAUCACCUAUGGGAGUCGGUUGGCAACGCCAAGAUACUCCUGGAGAACUAUUAACCAUGGCGCUAAGUCCCGCCCGUUAUUUAUGGGCUCUCAAUCAGUCAGAGCAAAUGUUCUUCAGAACUGCACAUGACAAGCGAUGGUGGCAGGUGUCUUCCGUGUUACCACCUGAAUGGCAGCUUAAAAGUGCCAAUUGGCUCAACGUUUCGUCCAUUUUCAAACGUCAAAGCUCUCGCUUUGAAAUGGCCGUGACCAAUUCACGUAUUUGCUUGGCACUUCUUGGAUCUUCUCUCUUGAUGACAGCUCAAAAUUUAAUAGGAUAUUCUUGGGAAAAAGUUAACUGGGCCAAUGGACUUCAUUACAACGAUGUUCAGUCGUGGCAUAAAAUAAGCGCAAACGGAUUCAACCAUGAAGAUAAAGUGGGCGUCGUUUGGCUUGUCGAUGAUAAGCAACGGUUGUAUUGCUUUUACGGCGAUGAACAAUUAGAACAAGUGUCUCUACCAACAGAUAGCCCCAUCCUCCACCUUUCCGUUAUAGGCAAUCAACUUUGGCUUUUGACCACUGACGGAGAAAUAUUCGUUCGCGUGAAAAAUUCUAAUCCCAUUGGCAGCGGCUGGGUCAAUUUAUCCACCGCGCAAUUCCAAUCGAGCAGCAGACUACGCUAUGUGUCGUUAGGCCCUGAGUUAGCUUGGGCAUGUGAUCAACACGGCCAAAUCUAUUUUCGAUCUGGUGAUAAUGGACCUCCCACUCUUCUGGCACCUGCUUGGAUUGCUGUUGAUGAACUUGAUAUAUCUUUUAAAGAGAUCCAUGUUUCUUCCAAUCUGGCCGUGUGGGCUUUGGACAACAAUGGCUGCGUCUACGUCAGAGAAGGUGUAACACGCCAGCUACCCAUCGGCACGGGAUGGAACCUUGUCGAAGGUGUCGAGGCUACUCAGCUCGCUGUCAGUGGGAACGCCAUCUGGGCAUUGACGAACAACGGUUCUAUUUUUCGCCGAAGUGGUAUUACACAGCAAAAUCACUCUGGAAACAAAUGGUAUAUGAUACCCGGCUCAUUCAGAUACAUUUCUGUGACUAUCGAUGACAAAUUAUGGGUUUUAGACUCCAACGGGGAGGUUUACCAAUUAUUGACAUCAUCCCCUUUGAAAAGCGACGAAGGACAACGCUAUGAAGUCCUACAUCUAGAUGAAGACUGGGUCUUACUAUAAUGCCUAAAAACUUACCGAGUGACCAAAUAAGAUUGCAAGACAAAUGAAGAGUUAUAUUACAAUAAUUUAUGUCGCCUUA